GCCGGCGGCUGUGGAAGGAGGUCUGAGCUGUGUCAUCAAAAGAGAGAGAGAGAGAAAGAGAGAGAGAGAGAGCGGGAGAGAGAGGGAGAGAGAGGGACAGGGAAAGAGGGAGACAAGCAGUAAACAACAGCGUGUUAUAGGACAGAAUGGAACUGAUGUGGCCAGCAGUCUUUCUGCUUCAGCUGCUCUACCUGCCCUUCUCCGUCAACGUCUACACCGGGUCGGGAAACAGGACGAGCAACCAAUCAGAUGUCAUCAUCGCAGACCUGCUUGAAGUUGCAUCUUCCAAAACACCAAAGUCACCCGUAGGGGGCAAGGGUCAGGAUGUAUGUUCAAUUCCGUGCGAUGUAACCGCCAAACUACUGCGUGAUGACAAAAACUCCCUGUGUGGCCAGAUACAGCAGUCUCUGCUGGCUUAUGGCCGCAGCACCAGGAAGAUGAUCAGAGAUGUGAUGGAUGAACAGCAGAGAGCCCUAGACUUCCUCACCACCCAGGUGACAGAGCUCAUCACCAAAAUGCAGACCCUCAGUUUAGAGGUCCAGAGAAGCAACACAGAGAUGUACGCUGUCAAACCAGUACAGUCCCAUGGACGGGACUGCAGUGACAUCAAGGACAGUCUGGUGUCAGUGGUUCCGAAGAUCCCCAGUGGGAUUUACAUCGCCCACCCCGAGAACUCAGACUCCUCCUUCGAGGUGUUCUGUGAGAUGGACUACAUGGGGGGGGGCUGGACCGUGAUCCAGAGGAGGGCAGAGGGCUUGAUGGACUUCAAGAGACCCUGGGAAGACUACAUCAACGGCUUCGGACACCUACCAGGAGAGCAUUGGCUGGGCCUCAGCCAGGUGCAUCAAAUCCUGAACCAGAAGGAAACCCGUUUCCAGCUCCACAUCGCCCUGGUCUCCCACGACGACGAGACUGCCUACGCCUCGUACGAUGACGUCCACCUCGGGGGCGAUGCGCUGUUCUACAGCAUCCACCUGGGCCGCUACGCUGGCAGCGCUGGCGACGCGUUCCGCGGCUACGAGCAGGAGCAGAACCAAGACACGGCUCCGUUCAGCGCCACCGAUGUGGACAACGACGGCUGUGUGCCGUCCUGCUCCAUCCAUAACCGCACGGUGGAGAGUUGCAGCGCCCAGUACAACCACACGGGCUGGUGGUUCAACCAGUGUGGUCUGGCAAAUCUCAACGGUUCACCGGGAGACCGCGGCGCGCGGCCCGGGGGUGGCGGUGGGUACGCGGAUGGGGGCACCCACAUCCUGUGGGACACGUGGACGCAGAACGGCGUGCCGCACCUCAUCAAGUCCGUCACCAUGAAGAUAAGGAGAAUCCCCACGAACAACUGAUCACUUGACUGGAGCAAGUUUUUUGGUUGUUUUUGUUGGGGCUAAUUUAGUACAUUAAUAUAGAACGUAUUUUAAUAGAAACUACAAGGUUUUAAGGAUGUUGAGAAGGUUUACAUUAGGUAUUCUGUUUUUGACUACGUUGGACAAUUCUAAUGAAUAAAUUGUAGCCUACAUCUUUGACAGAGGCGUAAACACAUUGUUGAAUCCAUUGUUUGAAUGGCGCAGGGUGACACUAGAAUGCAGUAAAUUGAAAAUGAGUUGGGUCCACUCACACUAUUAGGUGUAUUUUAAUUCAUAACGUGAGAGUGAUUCAUUGUAUUCAAUACACUCAUUAUUUUUUAAAUUGGCGCACGCAGUUGUAAGAGGAGCGUCGCUGUGGAGAACACACUUCCGUCAUAAAAGCUUGGGAAAUUCUCAGGAACACGACAAGCGUGCCUUUAUAUGGGCUUCCGGGGAACGUGCAGGGUCGGAGCAGCUGUUUUAUCACACCGAGCAGCUGUGGACAUUUCCCAACAACAGAGUGUUCUUUUUUAAACCGAGGACUGCGAAGUGAGCUGGUUUAUCUUGGCUGAGCUUCAUGUGUGUUGGGAGAUGUGGGGAAAGCAAAACACACGAUUUUUAUGAAACAUAAAGAGUUACAGUACAGUUAUAAUAAUGUUCGAGAGUAAUAUUAACAACAAACAACAAAUAUUUUUUUUUUGUAUUGAUGAAUAUAGUCAAAUCAAGAUCCACGUCACGACGUAAUAAACCUCGUCCAGCAGAUGGCGCUGUAAAUCGGU